CAGCGCCAGCAGCAGCAACAGCAGCAGCGCGGCGGUUGGGGCGGUGGUGGUGGUGGUGGCGGCGGGGGCAGUCACCCUGGGGAGAGCCCCGAGGAGGCAGUCCGCAGCGAUAUGCAGGGCGAGCGACCCGCCUGGCUGCUCAGCUGCUACGGCCACAGCCGCGGCGGCGGCAACGACCUGACGGGGGACGUCUCGUUUGAGGAGGCGCGCUGGGCUAACCUGGGGGACCUGCGGUCGGGCCGCACUCCGCUGUCCAUCAAUGCGGACUUAAAGGGCGCGGUGCGGGCCAAGCAGGAGGAGAUCAACCAGCUGCAGGCGCGUGCUCGCGACCGUCGCGGCCCGCCGCUGCCCUCGCUGGGCGGUCCCCCCAUCCACGUCCACAACGCCUGGGCAGCGCAGUUCUCCGCAGCCGCAACCCCCGGGGCGUCCCUGCCGCAACCCGCGGUCGGUGGCGGCUUUGGCGCGGCACCCCCACAGCCGCUGCAGGCCCCGGGGGCACCCGGCGGGGGCUUCGGGACGGGAUUCGGGCAGCCGCAGCAACCGGCAGCAGCAGCCGGCGGUUUCGGGCUGCCCAUGCAGCCACCCCAGCCGCAGCAGCAGCCCCAAGCAGCGGGAGGAUUCGGGUUCGGGCAGCAGCCGGCACCGCAGCAGCUGCAGCCGCAGGGAGGGUUCGGGCAGCCGGCAGUGGCAGCGGCGGCGCCCGUAGCAGCGGGGUUUGGAGGCCAGUCAUUGUUUGGCGUGGGAGGAGGGUUUGGGCAGCCGGCCGCAGGCGGCGGAGGC